AUGCAUAUAAGCCGAAAAAGCGAUGAGGGCAUGGAAAUAUUUGGAAAAGCUGCUUUUCUGGCAUUUAUUUUGUUUGCAGCUGUUUUGAGUGUAAUCGGCAUGGGGUAUUCCAUAGAGAAAUGCAGCACGUACAUAGAAGGAAGCAGCGGGGUGGUAAAAACCCCAGACGGAAACAAUCUGUGCGUGGUGAACCGCAUUGCCAAGGACGAGAAGCACAUGAAGGUUCUGGCCGUUAUAUCGCUAAACGAGCAAGAGGAGGAGGACCGCGAGAAACCUGCAGAAGCUGUUCUAAAGUACGAAAUAGUAGAUGCAGAGAGGCUGAAGACACAAAUUGGAAAUGACACGGGCGAGAACAACUGCGCCAUAAACAACCCAAUCCUGGGCCUUUCAGUGACCAAACCAGAGCUUGCAAGACUAACAUGCAUGAUAAGCCCGAAGCAGUACAACGAUAUACACAGCAACAUAAUACCGCAAAAUGCGAGAUACGAAGAGCAUGAGAUUGAGGAGUACUCGGCGGAAAUACGCGCAAUUAUAGACAUGGUUCCAAAAAACCAUGUUUCCCGCAUGCUCAAGCUUCGGGGCGAGCGCUUUUGGCUGAGGAAAAGGUAUUUGUCGAUUCUGCAAAACAUGCUUCUGGCCCUGUGCAAUGAGAGUAUAAGCAAGCCCGAGGGAGAAAUAGCAUGCAUGGGCGGACUUUUGAUGCUUUUUGAUGUGCAACGCAUUGAGCCCAUAAACAGCAUAAACAUGGUGAUGGACAAGUACAGGAUGCUGCUGAGGGACUUUAAACACGGGAAACUCUCCUUGGAGGAAAUGCAGGUGGCGGCAGUCAGCAUGCGAAUAGAGUACGAGCUUGUGUACGAUCUGCUAAGCGAAUUCGACCAUCUGCACGACUGGUUCAGCAUGGUGUUCCACAACGAGCAGCACCGGAUGGCUGGCUUGGUGCCGGCUACUCCGGGCAAGGUGAGAACAAAAAACCUGCAUAGCACCCGGGGAGACAAAACGCUGACUACAUACAUGCAGGAAAUCCAUAUACACAAGUGCAUGAAGAUAAAUGAGCUGCAGGAUACGCCUUCGUCCGACGAGUUUGAGGAGUUUGUAACCAAGCCACUGAUUUCGGACUUUUUACGCAAGAACACGCUUUCAAAAGACGAAGUAUUUGAUGAGCUGAAAGCGGCGCUGAUAUCUCCCGUAGAGAGCAUAAUUGUCGACCUUAAGAUGUUUAGCAAAAUCAAGAAGCAUAUAAAAAAGGAGAUAGGAACGCAAGAAUCCACUCUGCACUUUGCAAGCAUGGAGGAGGCUAGAGGAAAGAUGUCCAGCAUCUGGCACAGCCAAAUACUAGCAAACUAUUUUAAAGACGAAAUAAGAAAGUCUGAAAUCUAUUAUUCGGAAUAUACCAGGCUGGCAGAAAAGUAUUUUAAGGCAAAAAUCCGCGUAAAGCGCAAAACCAAGAAAGAAGACCAGGCCAUAACCAGCGAGGAAAGCGUAUCCAGCGGCGCGGAAAGGCACCACAAAGUGAGCGGAAUAUCACUGAAUGAGAUCAACAAGCUGUUUCAAUCGAUCAACAUGUUUCUCAUCGGGGUGUGGGGCCUUAACAGAAUUCUGGGGGGUUAG